ACGACUUUAAAGGAGUUUUUUUUUUUUUUUUUUCUUCGAGGGGGGGUGUUCUGGAGCUGGGAGACCACGGAUCCGGCAAUUCCUGCCCUCGCCUCGCCCUGUCAUUGAUGGGAAAUCAACUGGAUCGCAUCACCCACCUGAAUUACAGCGAGCUGCCGACCGGGGACCCCUCGGGGAUCGAGAAAGACGAGCUGCGCGUCGGGGUGGCUUACUUCUUUUCGGAUGAGGAGGAGGACCUGGACGAGCGAGGCCAGCCAGACAAGUACAGCGUGAAGGGCUCCGGCAGCCCUGGCCAGGAGACGCCCACCCACCACCUCCACCACCAGCUGGUGCUGAACGAGACCCAGUUCUCCGCUUUCCGCGGCCAGGAAUGCAUCUUCUCCAAGGUCAGCAGCGGCCCCCAGGCUGGAGACCUCAGCGUCUACUCGGUGUCAGCGCUGCCUGCCCUCUGCAAGCCGGGGGACCUGCUGGAGCUGCUGUACCUGGGGCCGUCAGAGCAUCCCCCGCCACACUGGGCAGUGUACGUGGGCAGCGGGCAGAUCAUCCACCUGCACCAGGGGCAGAUCCGCCAGGACAGCUUGUACGAGGCGGCCGCGGGCAACGUGGGCCGGGUGGUGAAUAGCUGGUACCGCUUUCGCCCGCUGGUGGCUGAGCUGGUGGUGCAAAACGCCUGCGGGCACCUGGGCUUAAAAAGCGACGAGAUCUGCUGGACUAACUCCGAGAGCUUCGCCGCCUGGUGCCGCUUCGGGAAAAGGGAGUUCAAAGCCGGGGGGGAGCUGCAGGCUGCUGCCGGCACCCAGCACCAGCAGCAAUACUAUCUCAAGAUCCACUUGGCAGAGAACAAGGUGCACACGGUGAGGUUCCACAGCCUGGAGGAUCUAAUACGCGAGAAGCGCAGGAUCGAUGCCAGUGGCAAACUGAGGGUGAUCAAAGACCUGGAUAUAGUGGAUGAGAAAGAAUAACGAGCAGCAGGG